AUGAUCUCUUUUCUUUAUCUUCUCAUCCUGCAUCUGUCGAGAGACGACAACUUCUUGGACAGUACUCUGUAAUCACUGGCAGUUGGGGCCAUCGACAUUCCAUUCCAGAAUCCCUCUUAGUUGAAGAUCACAGCCCGACAGCUUAAAUUCCAGGUACCAAUUCCCAAGCGUUCAACCAACUUCUCUAGGCUGCUAUUUGAGACUCCAGCGUCUCCAGUCGCCCUGUCACUGCCACGUCUUCUCCAUAAAGCUGACCGUCAGCUUCGCCCGCACGGCCCUUGUACGAGAAAGCCCGCUGCCGCAUCAGUACUGGCCCUGGUCGUAACCACUGCCUCAGGCUGCUGCUGCUCCUCCUCCUCGCCUCGCAUCUUACAACCCACCACAACCACAAACUGCGCUCACCUCGCCCUCGUACCUCUCCUUCCCUCGUUCUGGUUCCGGCUAAAGCUUGCCAUCUCCUACUCUCCCGCCAAUUCUAACUGCUCUUUCCAUCCGACCUUUCUCUCAUUCUUGUCGAUGUCAUGACCUCUCGCUUGAAGAGUUUAGGCUUCGGUUCCAAACGAAAGAGCAGUGCCAACAUCCAAACCAACUCCGUCGCCUCGCCAAACGGCUCCAUCUCCACCACCGCCACCACUCCUCCCCCUCCCAAUUCCUCCCAGACCAGCCUGCCGCCCAUGAACCAGCAAGGCGCACCAGGUCGUCCUCCGAGUUACUCAUACCAGACCGUCCAAGGGCGCCCGCAGUCUCCUCUGCCGCCUCCGCAGAACCAGAUGGCGCACCCUCCUCCCAUCGAUACGAGACAAAAUUACAUGGGAGGAAACCCCCAGCUAGGCCCUCCUCAACCCCCCGGAUAUGGAGGUGCAUAUGCUCCCAUCGGACCUCAGCCUGGCAUCCAGCACACUGCCAACCAGUAUGCUCCUGGCCGUGCUGCCGAGGUCGAGGCUUCGAACCGCAACAAGGCUCAGCUCAUUGUGGGAAUCGAUUUUGGGACAACCUUUUCAGGUGUGGCAUACGCUUUCGCGACGAACACAGAAGCAAAGGAGGAUAUAAUUUCAGAAUGGCCGGGCGCAGGCAACCAGACAAAGCAAAAGAUCCCUACAGUCCUAUACUACGAUCAGUAUCAAAAAGUUGUUGGCUGGGGUCCAGAUAUCGCUGAAGCACUUGCUCCCACUGGGUACCCCAAGCCCGGCGUCCAAAAGGUGGAAUGGUUCAAGCUGCAACUAAUGCUCUCCGGGAACACAUAUAUAGAUCCUAUUAACCUACCACCGUUGCCCCCUGGAAAGUCCGAAAUCGACGUCGCUGCUGACUACCUCUUUAAACUCCGCAAUGCUAUGCGAGUGUACUUGGGGAAGACUCUGGGCGAGGUGUUCAACCGUGAGGAACGAAACAUCCGAUACUUCUUGACUGUCCCAGCCAUUUGGAACGAUGCAGGCAAAGCGGCGACCAGGGCAGCCGCCAUUCAAGCAGGUUUUAUCCGUGAUGAGAAUGAUAACAGACUGACUCUAAUCACCGAACCCGAAGCAGCUGCCAUGUUCUGCUCUAAAACCGGUCUCCUCAACCUCAAGAUCCACGAUGCUGUCUUGAUUGUCGACUGUGGUGGUGGUACUGUUGAUCUGAUCGCCUACGAAGUCGAAGAAGAAACCCCAUUCUCAGUCGCCGAAUGUACUGCUGGUAGCGGUGAUUCUUGUGGAUCUACAGCUCUUAAUCGCAACUUUUCCAACAUCCUGCGAGCCAAGAUCCGAAGAAUGAAACUUCCUGAUGGGUCAAAGACCGCCGGCAGAGUCUACGCCAAAUGCAUUAUGGAUUUCGAAAAUCGAAUCAAGGCUGAUUUCCGUAACAACGGCCAGAAAUGGGCGGUCGAUGUCGGUAUCGAGGCUGAAUUCCCCGAGGCGGGCAUCGAAGAAGGUUACAUGACAUUCACUAAUGAGGAAAUCCUUCAAUGCUUCGAACCAGUGGUAAACCGAAUCCUUGAGCUGGUCCGUAACCAGAUCAUUGCCAUUCAAGCACAAAACAGAUCCUUGCAGAAUGUUUUGGUCGUCGGUGGGUUCGGUGCGUCCGAAUACCUUUUCCAGCAAAUCAAGCUUCACGUACCGCCACAGUUCCAGUCAAAAGUUGUCCGCCCCAUGGACUCGGUCGCCGCCAUCGUCAAAGGUGCAGUUACGGCAGGUAUUACCGAGCGAGUGGUUACAUCUCGUGUAGCCCGUCGACAUUACCUGAUGGCCACCCUACAGCCUUUCAAGGAGGGUUAUCAUCCAGAGCAAUACCGUGUUCCCAGUCUUGACGGCAAGGAUCGAUGCAAAUAUACAAGACAGAUUUUCGUUCAAAAGGGCGAAAGGGUCAAGAUUGGCGAACCGGUCAAGGUAUCAUUCUUCAGACAGGUUGCACCAGGUGCCACGUUGAUGUACGAAGACAUUCUAUACGCAUGCGACGAAGACGUUUGUCCUGAAUACACAAAAGACCCCCGUAUCAAGGAGGUUGUUACACUCACCUCGGAUUUGUCCAGAAAGAACCUUGAAAAGGACUUUGAACGCAUGGACACACCUCAAGGAACAUUUUACCGAGUCUAUUUCGAUAUCUAUCUCACACUAGAUGGAUCAGAAUUCAAUGCCGAACUGGUCUGUCAAGGAGAAGUCAUGGGACGUUGUACGGCUCGAUUCAGAUGAUCCUUUUACUUGAUACCCGAUGACGUGGUGCGCCUAUGUCCGCAGGAGCAAAUGGACAUAUGCAGAUGAACCGGUGUCGAUGCUCGACACUUAUUGAUAUCGACCGUUUGGAUCUGUUCUUCUGGCAACAUUGAUGAAGCGAUGGGUCGCGCGUUGUUUUGCAUGCAUGUUGUUAUGGGUGGCGCAAAAUCUUGUCGACAAAAGCUUCCUGUUGUGAACAGGACGCACACGACUUUUCCCAGUUUGUGGAUCGACUCCACGAUACGAACAGAGAUGAAAUCAUGUGGAUGUCAUAGCCCCUAAGAUAAUACGAGGACACGGAGGAGUGGUUUGCAAGUCGGGGGUUGGAUGGUAACGUGAGGAAAAUUUCGGGGGUCUCGCCGAAUGUAAAGGGCUUGCCGAAGUAUACUUGACAAAAAAAAGCGGGUUUAUGAGCAGGAGACUUGCAACGGAUGAAGAGAGAAAAGUGCCAAGUAGCGAGCAGUCUAAAGUGGUUGCCAGUGGGCGAAGACAGGUAGAAUAUCAACCAAUAUGACUCUUUGUCGGGUGAGAUUUUUUUCUCUGG